CCGUUUCUUUCUCUCUCUCUCUCCUCUCUCUUCUCUCUCUGUGUGAACUAGUUAUUCAUCCACUUUGUGUUAGGCAGGGUGGAGGCUCAGAGGGCGACAGUACCAGUCAGAGUCACUCUCUCUUUCUCUCUGUGGACAGCAGGACAGGAGAGCAGCCUCUCACAGCACUGGGGCUCUAAAGCAGAAGGGAAUACCGAGGGUUUCAGACUGUCCUGUGUGUCCUAGACUGCCUUCAAAAUGCUACUUGAAGUGGGAUCCAACAUUAUGAAGUUCUACGAGUACCUUCUACGGAGAACUGAUGGCCGGGUGAAGGACUACCCCCUGAUGCAGAGUCCUGUACAGAUGACCCUCAUCCUCUUGGGGUACCUGUUCUUUGUGCUGUAUGCUGGGCCUCGCCUGAUGGCCAACCGCAAGCCAUUCCAGCUCACGUCGGCCAUGAUAAUCUAUAACUUUUCCAUGGUGGUUCUCAACGCAUUUAUUGUGUAUGAGUUCAUGAUGUCUGGAUGGGCAACCACCUACACCUGGAGAUGUGACAUUUGUGAUUACUCAGACAGUCCUGAAGCUCUCAGAAUGGUUCGAGUGGCCUGGUUAUUUUAUUUUUCAAAAUUCAUUGAACUUAUGGACACGGUGUUCUUUGUACUGCGUAAGAAGCACAGCCAGAUCACAUUCCUGCACAUCUUCCAUCAUUCCUUUAUGCCCUGGACCUGGUGGUGGGGGGUCACCUUGGCACCUGCAGGGGGAAUGGGCUCCUUUCACGCCAUGGUAAACGCAGCGGUCCAUGUCAUCAUGUACUUUUACUAUGGUCUUUCUGCCGCCGGUCCCCGUUUCCAGAAAUUCCUCUGGUGGAAGAAGUACAUGACUGCAAUUCAACUGAUCCAAUUUGUACUGGUGUCCGUUCACGUCUCCCAGUACUACUUCAUGAAGAAGUGUGACUACCAAGUCCCUCUCUUCAUCCACCUCAUCUGGAUCUAUGGUACCUUCUUCUUCGUGCUCUUCUCCAACUUCUGGAUCCAGGCCUACGUCAGGGGCAAGCGGCUGCCCAAGCCGGUGUCGCACCAGAAUGGCGUCAAGGCCGAAUGCCCUGUGGCGGCCAACAGCAAGCACCUAGAGAACGGCACCCUGGCUCAUGGAAAUGGGUCGACCCAAAACGGCAAAGUGAAGGAAGUCUAGUGUCUUAAAGGAACCUUGACCAAUACGGAUUCAAAAAUGUUUGUUCUGAAAUUUCUUUAAAAAAAAAGGAGGGGAAAAAAAAAAAAAGCUGAUUGGAUUCAGAAAUUGGUUCCCCCUGUCUGUUCAAUGGGGGCGCUGUUGGAGCGUGACAUAUGAAGAGACCACCUCCGAAGUCCUCUGUAGCAAUUAUCGGUUUCUGUCCCUACACCUGGGGCUCACAGUGGCCUCUAGCUCCCAUUUUGACACUCCUGCCACCUUUGACCUUUGCCCCUGCUUUUCGGCGAGUAUGAUGGCUGUGGGAGGAGAUGAGUUGUACAGUUCCUACUGAAACUUGAACAUAAUUGUAAAUAAAGUUUAUCAAAGCCAGUGGGAAAGUGCUGUCGAGACAUUUUGCUACUGUAUAAGUUAAAUGCAAUAAUUUGAAAUAAACCCAAUUUUAAAAUAAAA